AAAAGCUGAGAAAGACAACCAUCAAAAUCACCACUACUUUACUAAGCUCUCAGAGCCUCAUCCCCAACUUCACCAUGGAAAACAACUCCCAGCAAGCCCAAGCGGCUGCGGCCGCGGCGGCGGCAGCGCAGACCUCGGCUGCUGCAUACCCAGGUCAGCCGCCGUACCACCACCUUCUCCAACAACAGCAGCAACAGCUUCAAAUGUUCUGGAACUACCAGAGACAAGAGAUCGAGCAAGUGAACGACUUUAAGAAUCACCAGCUGCCAUUAGCCCGGAUCAAGAAAAUCAUGAAGGCCGACGAAGACGUCCGGAUGAUCUCCGCUGAGGCCCCCAUUCUCUUCGCCAAAGCCUGCGAGCUCUUCAUCUUGGAGCUGACCAUCCGCUCCUGGCUCCACGCCGAGGAGAACAAGAGGAGGACCCUCCAGAAGAACGAUAUUGCGGCGGCAAUUACUAGGACCGACAUUUUCGACUUUUUGGUCGACAUUGUGCCGAGGGAUGAGAUCAAGGAUGAGGCCGCCGGACUGGGAGUCGGCGUCGGAGUUGGGAUGGCACCGGGAGGAAUUCCUGUGGGGUCUGCUGCUAGUGGGGUGCCUUACUAUUAUCCCCCCUUGGGCCAGCCUGCUCCUCCUGGAGUGAUGAUCGGCAGGCCUGCUGUUGAUCCGAGUGUUUAUGUGCAGCAGCCGCCUCCGCCGUCGCAGGCCUGGCAGUCGGUUUGGCAGACGAGUGCGGCGGAUGAUGGGUCCUAUGCUACUGGAGGUGGAGCCAAUGGUGGCAGCCAGGGCAAUCUUGACGGCCAAGGGUGAACAAGAGCAGCUGGAAGCUGAAGGUUGCUUGUCCAGACUCAAGAAGGAAUUCUUUGAGUUCAUUUCAAGAAAUUGUAUAAUUAUUGCUGUCUAAUUUGAUGUAAACUCCUUGUAGGUCUCUUGUCAUAUCUAGGACUUACAAUGUUUCCAGACUGAAACUGUAUUAUUUGAUCUAAUACCUCCUUGAUGGAUAAUUGAUAAUUCCUUCUUAAUGUAGUUGGAGGAUUCAUUCUGUA